GCAGGGCUUCCAAAACGGUCAUAUAUUCCGGACUUGACCGAAACAUUCAUAAAAUGACCGGCUGCUCUCAGCCUCAAACGGUCAAAUAGAAUUGGUGUGCCACAUUUUGUUAUUCAAGGCAUUUUCAUGAAACGGUCAUUUCAAUUUUUACCAACUAUCGAUCGAUAAAAAUGUCCGUUUGGGGCUUUGGGCAUGUCCGUUUGGGCAUUUUAGUUUAUAAUUGUGGCAAUCUAUUUCACAAAGAUAUUUCGGUCAUAAUUGGGUUUAAUAAAACAGAAGCAGCAUAUUUCAGAUACUUUGAAGUGUCUCAGUUAGUCUAAUCCUCUGGGUACAUAAAUGUACGGCUUGGUCUUUAGCUUGUGUACAUCAAUAAAAAGUAGAAAAAACACGUUUUCUUUUAUUUAAAUAACACCAAGCUGUCAAACAAUUAUCCCUUCAAUAAGUUAUAUUGAAGCCAUAAAUCAUUCACUGAUUACAGGUUUGUUACCUUUGAUGAGGUGUCCUUAGCUUGUCUUUAUCAAUAGAAUUAAUGAUGCAUAACAAUGUACAUAAAGGUAAUCAGGUAAACGAGGUCAAACAUGUAAGCGUGUAAGGAACAACAUCCUAUUUAAUUAUGAUUUAUAGAUAUUAUUUUAAAUGAGCAUCCAGUUUAAAACAGUAUCCUGAUAUUUAAAAGUUAUUCUUCAAAUAAGGAUAUUUAUAAAUGAAUAAGUAUGAUAUAUAUUAUUUUAUUUAACACUGUACAUCGUGUUAAAUACUGGGGUACUCUCGAGGGGAAAAUUUACUAAAAUAUAUAGGAAAAACACCGAGAAUAGCUUCGCUUGGGUAUACCAAGCUGAGUUGUCCAAUAAAUAAGGGGGGCGUUCUCUAUUCUUGUUUUCAUUUUAAAAACUGUUUUUAUAAUUAAAAUCAUAAAGAAUAAUAUCCAAUCAUGACAAUCUCCGACUGUUAUAAAGACUUUGUCUCAAAUUGAACUUUACAAAUCUGCCAUCAUGGGCAAACGUAAACGUGACGAUUCCGAUCAAAACUCGAAAUCUGCUAAAAAUGCUAGAAGCUUUAUUCAUAAAUGGUUACAACUGUUUUUAUGGUUAAGAUUUGACAGUAUGCUAAAUGCCAUGUUUUGUGACAUUUGUCAAAAACAUAAACUUAAAAAUAACUUUGUAAAGCCUGGUUCGACAAAUUUUCGAAAGUCAGCCGUUGUAGAGCAUGCUAAUAGCAAUGACCACGUUCAAGCUCUUAAAUUAGAGACAGCUUCCAAAAGUAAUCCAAUUGUAUCAGUAUUUGAGAAAGUUCAUGAAAAGACUGACAACGCAAUGUGCACCUUGUUCCGUAAUGCUUACUUUAUUGCUAAAGAAAACUUACCAAUGGACAAAUUUCAGUCAAUAAAUGAUUUAACUAAGUUAAAUGGUGCCGUGAUCACUUCUAAAUUAUAUCAAGAGAACAAUGCCUGCUCCGAAUUUAUUCAGACAAUUUCCGAUGUUAUAGAGAAAGAGGUGAUGUCCGACGUAAAGUUAAGUCCCGCCGUGGGAAUUAUGAUCGACGAGUCAACUGAUCUGGCUACGCAAAAACAUUUAAUUUUGUACUUAUCAUACCUCAAAGCUGGUGAACUGAAAAUUAGUUUUACAAAACUUUUGAACUUGUCUUCUGGUACCGCCGUGUCAAUUACUGCACAUAUAAUUGCCUAUUUAAAGUCAUUUGGUGUAGACUUGUCUAAAAUAUUCGGCAUGGGGUCUGACGGUGCGUCGGUUAUGAUAGGAAAGCAUGGAGGUGUAUCUCAGCUUUUAAAAGACACUUCUCCACACUUAGUAGAGGUUCAUUGCGUAGCUCACCGCCUAGCAUUAGCCUGUGUCGACACGGCAAAAGAAAUUCCGGACAUUAAAUUUUUAGAAAGCAUUGUUAGCACUGUAUAUUCGUAUUACAAACGUUCACCCACAAACCUUGCCGAACUACGAUCAUGGCAACUAAUAAUAGAUGAUCCUUUGUUAAAUCCGCUUGAUAUUCAUAAAGUCCGCUGGCUUUCUAUGGGAAACGCUUUAGACAAUCUCCGCCGUUCUGUUGUCUCCAUUGUAAACAUGUUAGGCGACCAGAGUGACACCGACAUCGUGGCUAAUUCUCUUCACAACAGUAUGACAACAUACAAGUUCUUUUUCAUGCUCUACUUUUUAUCCGACCUGUUUGGUAAAAUUAAUCAGCUCAGCAAAUCACUUCAAAAACGUGACUUGUCUUAUGCCACCGUGAAACAAUUAGUUGACUCUUUUCUUAUGGCAAUAGAGGCCGAGUACUUAACCGAGAUUCCUUCAUUUGGACCAUUAUGUGCCGAAUUUCUAAAAUCAACAGACCAAUCUGACAGCUUCAACACUAUCACCUUUAAACGUAACAACCGUGACAUUCAUCUCAAGACAAGAGCCGUGCAAUGUGCCCAAUUGAUACAUGAUAACAUUCGUGACCGAUUUCCAGACAACAAAAUUUUCGAAGCAUUCUCUGUAUUUGAACCGUCGAACUUUCCAAGUAGUGUUGACGACCUUCCUCGCUACGGUGAACAACAGUUAGAGUGUCUCGGAGACCAUUAUAGUAUAGUCAACCAAGAAGAACUACAAAUAGAAUGGGGCAUACUUAAGUAUUUGAUCUUCAACAACUACAAGGGACUUUCGUUUGCCGAUCUGUUGACUGCAAUUAUUUCAAGAAAAGACCAGUUCCCAAAUACAAUUUCGCUAAUGGAAAUUUCACGUGUUUUGCCGGUUUCUAGUGUUGAAUGUGAAAGGGGUUUUUCAAGGCAGAACAUUAUCAAGACAAAACUAAGGUGUAGUCUAGGUAUUGACGCUUUAGAUCAACUUAUGAGGAUAAGCUUAGUAGGUGUAGAUGUUAAAGACUUUGACCCUGUUCCUGCUAUCCGCAAAUGGCAAUCCGUUCGUAACCGCCAUGUUUAUCAGAACAAUGCAUUUAGCAAGCUCAUGAAUGUAAAAUCUUAAAUUAGACUAAAUGAACUUCUAAUCUUGUGCUGUGAUCUGUGCUUCUUUUCAAUGUGCUCAUUGUAAUAUUUAUUGCGUGUGUUUGUCAACAUUGUGCUCUUCUGAUAUUUUAUUGUUGUUAUAUGCUUACAUAAAAUAUCAUGUUGUUAUUCAUUAAAUUAUUUAUCAACUGA